AUGAGCGCGCUUCUGGAGACCUCGCUUGGCGAUAUCGUCAUUGACCUGCUGGUCGACGAAUCGCCGAAAGCCUGCCAAAACUUUUUGAAGCUGUGCAAAACCAAGUACUACAAUUUCUCGCCCAUCCACAGUGUCCAGAAGAACUUUACCUUUCAAACCGGCGAUCCACUCGGUCCUGAUGCCCCCGAAAGUGAUGGCGGGUCGUCAAUUUGGGGUCAGCUGGAUGGACCAUCCCAGAGAACAUUUCCCCUCGUGCUGCCGCCGAAGUUGAAACAUACUGAACGAGGCACCGUGAGUAUGGCGACAGUCCCGGCUAAGACCGACCCAGACCAAAAACUUGCCGCCAGCCAGUUCAUCAUCACGCUCGGGGACAAUCUGGAUUAUCUUGAUGGGAAGGCAGCUAUCUUCGGCAAAGUUGUCGAAGGCUUCGAUGUCCUGGAAAAGAUCAACGACUCCUUCAUCGAUGACCGCGGUCGACCUUUGAAAGAUAUUCGCAUCCGGCACACCGUCGUCCUCGAUGAUCCAUUCGACGAUCCAUCUGGCCUGGUUGAACCCCCCGAGAGCCCUGUGCCAUCCAAGGCUCAACUGGCCACAGUGCGGAUUGCAGACGAUGAGGAUCUGGAUGAUGAUAUGGACGAGGACGCGAUGGAGAAGCUGCGCCGCGAGCGCGAGGCUCGUGCUCAGGCGUUGACCCUGGAGAUGGUGGGCGAUCUUCCGUUCGCCGAGGUCAAACCCCCGGAGAAUGUUCUUUUCGUUUGCAAGCUCAACCCGGUCACCCAAGGUUUGUUAUGCUGUGCUUCCACCCUCGCGAUCAAUGCUAACUACGAGCUGGGUAGAUGA